UUGCGUCAGAGCUUCUUUCUGGCUAUAUAAGCUGCACUGACUGCGGUAGGAGCAGCAGAUCAGUGUUUGAAGGCAGUUCGAGCUGACUGUGGUACCGAGAGGCACAGAGCAGCUUGUCCUUGGAGCCAUGAGUGCCGUCGGGUUUGACCCCUACUUCUCGUCCUCUUACAAGCGCUGGUAUGUGGAGAGCAGCCCCCGGGUCUCUCAGCGUGGUCGUUCUCGCACCACGUUCUCCACCCAUACCCCUUCUCUCUCCUCUCGCCUCCACUAUGCCUCCCCCGGACGGAGCUCCGCCGGUCUCCUGCUGAGCAGCGCUGGCCGCUCCGUGGAAAUGGACAUCAGCCACGCUGCCCAGGUAAGCUCCGAAUUCCGGACAGUGCGAACUCAGGAGAAGGCCCAGAUGCAAGAGCUCAAUGACCGCUUUGCCGGUUACAUUGAGCGUGUCCAUGAACUAGAGCAGCAGAACCGUGCCCUGGAGACUGAGCUGCUAAUGCUGAGGCAGAGGCACGUGGAGCCGUCCCGCCUGAGGGGCCUGUACGAGCAGGAGGUCCGCUCUCUGAGAACCGCCGUCGAGGAGGCCCGCAUGGAGAGGCAGGCCGCGCUGAGCCACCGUGAGAGCAUGGAAGAUGCCUUGAGGGGCCUGCAGGCCAGCUACGAGGAAGAGGUGGUUGCCCGUGAGGACAGCGAAGGCAGGCUUCUGGAGGCACGCAAGGAGGCCGACGACAGCACUCUGGCCCAGGUGGAGCUGGAGAAAAAGGUUGAUAUAUUGCUAAAUGAGCUGGGGUUCCUGAAGAAGGUCCAUGAGGGUGAGAUCUCAGAGCUGCAGGCCCAGAUUCAGUAUGGAGCUCAGAUCGCCGUCGAAGCGGAGACCGCCAAGCCCGAUUUGUCCAGCGCCCUGCGGGACAUCAGAGCCCAGUAUGAGAAGCUGGCAGCCAAGAACAUCCAUUCAGCUGAAGAAUGGUUCCGCGGGAAGAUGGGCCACCUGACGGAGAGCGUGGCGCACCACAGUGACGCAAUGAGGAACUCCAAGGAUGAAGCAGGAGAGUAUCGCCGCCAGCUGCAGGCAUGUGUCCUUGAGAUCGAUGCCUGCAAGGGCCUGAAUGAGUCUCUGGAGAGGCAGCUCAGGGAGGUGGAGGACAAGCAGAGCUCAGAGGUUGCUGCCAUGCAGGAUUCAAUCAGUGAUCUUGAGGAUGAACUUCGAGCCACUAAGGGUGAAAUGGCGAGAUACCUUAAAGAGUACCAAGAUCUUCUCAAUGUCAAGAUGGCCCUUGAUAUUGAGAUAGCUGCUUACAGGAAGUUGCUUGAGGGGGAGGAGUCUCGCUUCAAUGUGGGUGUGGGAGGUAUGGUCGGUGCUUACUCGGUUGGUCCUGUCUACUCCCGGCCCAUGUUCUCAAUGUCCAGCAUGAGCUCUGGAGCCCCCUACAUGCUUAGUUCUCGCCUGAUCAGUGCCUCCCUCUCAGCUGAUGAGGUCAUCACAUCCAGUCAAGCUCAAGAAUCUGCAGCCAGUCCAACCCAGGAAGAAGAAGAAGAGGAGAAAGAGGAAGAAGAAAAGGAGGAAGUAAAGGAAGAGGAAGCGGAAGAGGAAGACGAAACAAAGGAGGAAGCGGAAGGCGUUGAACAGGAAGAGGAAGGCGAGGCUGCAGCAGAGGAAGAAGAAAAGGGGGAUGUGGUAGAGGAAGAAAAGGAAGAUGCUAAAGGGGAAGAAGGUGACGAAAAAGAGGGAGACGGGGAAGAGGGUGAGCAGAAAGAGGGAGAGAAAGCUGAGGAGGAGGAAGUGGCUGCACAGGAGGAUACUGAGACAGAGAAAAGUGAGGAGAAAGCUGACACAAGUGCUGAUAAGGCCACAGAGGAGACUGAGACAGACAAGGAAGACACUAAGACAGAAAAAGACAAGGUAGAGAAGGAAAAAAUUGAGCCUAAGGCUGAAAAAGCCAAAGAGGAAGUAGAACCUGAACCAGCCAAAGAGAAAGCCAAAGAGAAGACUGAACCUGCACCUGAACCUGAGUCAAAGGAUAAAGGCAAGGAAGAGCCUGAGAAACCAAAAGCAAAAGAAAAGGUAGAGUCAGAAAAGCCUAAGGUAAAAGACGAUGGUGAGAAAGGCAAGAGUGAGAAAAAGGAAAGUGUGAAGCAGGAAAAGGGAAAAGAGGAGACUGAGAAACCCAAGGGAAAGAAGUAAAAAUGUUGUAUCUAUAACAGCACAAAUACCAGUAGCCUGGCCUGCUUCUCUAGUCUCCCUUCAGUCUGUUACUAUACCAAUGGAGCUCAGAGCAAAUUGCAAUACAAUGUUUGAAACUAAAGUCAACUUAUCAGCUUUUAA